AUGAAGUGUGGCAUCUUACUCUCAUUUUCCUCUCCUGCUCAGUUGAGGGCAAAAUACCCGCCCACGAAAGACAAACAGCAGUCCAAGCCUACAACCCUCAACGGACCUCCAGCUCAGAAUCCACACCAAUACGUACAAGUAGGAAACGGCAACUUUGCCUUUGGCGCCGACAUCACCGGCCUUGGCCUACUUGCAGCCCAGAACGACAUCUUCCAGCGGCUUGUACCGAACCCUCCGCGGAUCAACCCAAGGUACAUCGGAUUUCCCUUUCCCGACGAGAAGAACGAGAACGUCACAGAGGCAGACCUGGAGAAGACGACGCAGACACUCGAUAUCGGGUCAGGGAAUGCUAAGCUCGCUCUUUGUCCACAAGGAGUUUCCCGUCUCGGUAAACAUAUCAGCCGAUCCAGACUCCUGACACCGUCUCGAUAG